CUAUCAGUAGGCACUCCUGGCUGUAUUCCACCUCACUAGAAAAAGAUCUGAUACCCUUCUUCUACAUUUCGAAUUAUCUGUCUUCCACCUCCAUGCAUGCAAAGCAGCGGCACCAUCAUUACUUCUCAUUACUCCAUUCCUCGUCCUCUCGGCUCCUCUGAUCCCUCUUGUCACUCUCAUUCUACCAUAGGGCUCAGUACAUUUCCAGUACUCAUCCCAAUUCAUCAAGCAACCCUUCCAUCUGCAUUUCUUGGUUUGCCCCUAGAAUUCCCAUCACUCCAACCACCUGCCGCACAAUCCAAAAUUUUCAUCGCACCAAACCAUCCAUUCCUCACUUUUUCCCUAAGCAAAUCCAAUCUUUACAACCACACUAUUGUCAACAACAUCCACCUUCCCUCUUCCACUCAGUCACCCGUAAAUCCAACUCCUUCUCACUGCAUUCUCCUGUAAAUCCUAUCCAAUGUGCACUGUUUGCUCUGCAAAGCCCAAUCUGUACCGCCCAAUUCUGCUCAAAAUCUGCCGAACUUGCCUCCGUUUCUGUCAAGAAAAUCCAAGCUUGAUGCUGUCCGCGCCGUGGAAUACAAUCAUUGCCGCUUAAUCCUGCUCAAGAACACGAGGAGAUCCUCCAAUUCGCAAGAAGCUGUAGAGCGGUGCUCCUCCUCCUCGCGCUCCGGCGGCUCCCAUGUCGGACUCGGAGCUGUCCCAGAGCACGGUGGUGUUCGGGCUCCGCAUGUGGGUGCUCGUCGGCAUCGGCGUCGGCGCCGCCUUCGUGCUGUUGCUCGUUCUCAUCUCCAUCUUCUGCCUCCUCGCCUUCCGGCGGCGGCGGCGGCGGAAGCGGCCGACCACUCCCGUCCACCACCUCCCCACUACCGCACCUCCCAAGAACCCCGCAAAGGUCAAGGCGCCCAAGGACAUCCAAGAAGUUCCCUCCAACUCUGCCGCCGCCGCCCACGCGAAGACGCCGCUCGCGCAGGUGCUCCAGCUCUCCACGCCACCGCCUGCGCCGCCUCCGGACUCCGUCCAGGUCGCCACCGGCAAGGAGCACGGCAUCACGUACCCGGAGCAGCAGCACCACCACAGCCAACGGAGCGACGGGCCGUUGUCUUGCGGCAAUGGCGGGGACCACGCGCCGCCGGGGAUGCCGGAGGUGUCCCACCUCGGUUGGGGCCACUGGUACACGCUCAAGGAGCUGGAGGCGGCGACCGGAAUGUUCGCCGACGAGAAAGUGAUCGGUGAGGGCGGGUACGGGAUCGUGUACCAUGGCGUGCUCGAGAACGGCUCGCAGGUUGCCGUCAAGAACUUGCUCAACAACAGGGGGCAGGCAGAGAAGGAAUUUAAGGUCGAAGUCGAAGCGAUUGGGCGUGUGCAGCACAAGAACCUUGCGCGCCUUCUAGGAUACUGUGCUGAGGGUAAUCAGAGGAUGCUUGUUUAUGAGUAUGUUGAUAACGGGAACUUGGAACAAUGGCUGCAUGGGGAUGUUGGACCCGUAAGCCCUCUUACAUGGGAUCACAGGAUGAAGAUUAUACUGGGAACAGCAAAAGGGUUAAUGUAUUUGCAUGAGGGACUUGAACCAAAAGUGGUUCACCGUGAUGUCAAAUCAAGCAAUAUCCUUCUGGACAAGCACUGGAAUGCUAAGCUCUCGGAUUUCGGACUUGCAAAGCUUCUAGGUUCAGAACGGAGUUAUGUCACCACACGAGUUAUGGGAACUUUUGGGUAUGUUGCUCCGGAGUAUGCAGGGACUGGAAUGUUAAAUGAAACAAGCGAUGUAUAUAGCUUUGGAAUUCUUAUUAUGGAAAUAAUAUCUGGCAGGGUACCAGUGGAUUAUAACAGGCCACCAGGAGAGGUUAAUUUAGUUGAUUGGCUUAAGACGAUGGUAAGCAACCGAAAUUCUGAUAGGGUUGUAGAUCCAAAGAUGCCCCAGAAGCCUACUUCUAGAGCAUUGAAGAAGGCUUUGCUAGUGGCGUUGCGAUGUGUAGACCCUGAUGCUCGUAAGAGGCCAAGGAUUGGGCAUGUCAUUCACAUGCUUGAAGUCGAUGAUUUCCCAUACAGAGACGAACGCCGAGGUAGUAGAGCGCCAGGGCAAGCAAGAUUAACAGAGAAACCGGCAGCUGGAUCAGGUGAUAAAACUGACAGUAAUGGGAACAACGUUGCCACACAAGCUGAACCCUUUAGAUGGAGAAACCCAGAGGCCUAGAUAUUCAUCGGAUUAGUGGGAAAAAAGUCAAAUCCUCCUGAUUUCUGAAUGAGAACAGUAUCCACUGAAGUCGCGGACUAUUCAUCUUGCUGCCUUCAUCAUUUUGGGUGGCAUCCAAGGAUAUCAUCACAUCAUCUGUACAUGUCAAAAGAACGUUCUAGCGCUAGUAUUUUUUCCUGCUUAUUUAUCUAGGUAGAGAUCUCUAUGUAUGAUAAAUCUGUGCCAUUUAAUUUAACGAACGGAACUUUAUUAUAUCCCUCGGGGUAGCUUUGGUUGAGAACUGCCCAAUUGCUGCUUAUGUCCCUCGCUGAACUUGUCAUAUCUGAUUAUUCA